AUGAUUAUUACUAAAUGUCAAAUAAAUGGAAAUGGAAUAUAUUUUGUACUUAUUUUAUGCGUAAUAUGGCUAAAUACGGUUAAUACAUUAAGUGAUAAACCAUUGCUAUUACUUAUAUCUUUUGAUGGUUUCCGGUAUGAUUUAUUGAAUGCUUCUAUUGUACCAAAUAUUUGGAAAUUUGCCACCGAAGGUGUAUAUUUUAAAGGUGGUUGUCGUCCACAAUAUCUCACUUAUACAGCCCCAAAUCAUGCAACAAUAGCAACAGGCCUUUUAAUUGAAAGCCAUGGAAUUGUUGGCAAUUAUUUUCAUGAUCUAUCCACCAAUACGACGUUCGAUUUAUUCAAUUUAACGCAAAAAAAAGGAGCAAUAAAUGAUUCAUUAAUGGGACAUUUCUAUAAUGGUGAACCAAUAUGGCUUACAAAUGAACGAGCUGGUUAUGGAAGACGUUCAGCUGCAAUGUAUUGGCCAACCGGAAGUGGACAUUGGCCAUCUAUACCGCAUAAACCUACAUUACACAGAUCAUGGAUCGAAUAUAAGAAUUUGUCGCAAUGGAUGAAUGAUUUUGAUGGAGUUUUAGAAUUAUUUACACGUGAAAAAGAUCCAUACAAUUUUGUUGCUUGGUAUGUUGCUGAACCGGAUCAUUUCCUACAUUUUAAUGGAUUUAAAAAUGGUAAAAUUAAUAAAAUGAUGCAAAAGUUGGAUUUGUUAGUCAAAUAUAUCAAUGAUAAGCUAGAAAAUAAUUCAGAACUUUCAAAACGAUUAAAUAUUAUCUUAACUGCUGAUCAUGGACAUGCUGAGAUCGAAGGUGCAUCAAAUGUUCUAUGUUUGGUAGAAACGAUCAAUACUGAUGGCCUAUUAUUUGGUGAUCGAAUGAUUUAUGUUAAAAAUGUUGAUCGAAAGCAUCAAAUAUAUGCGAGUUUAAAGAAAGUUAUUGAAGAUCGUCAUUAUCGUAUUAAAAUAUAUUACAAACAAGAUGUUCCAAAAGAAUAUGGAUAUUCUAAAAAUGAUAAAAUUGGCGAUAUACUACUUGAGCCUGAACCUGGAUAUAAUGUUCGCAUUAAAUGUUCGCAUAAUAUAGACGAUUCGUCGAAACCGUUUCAUUUUUCAUCACAUGGAAUGAAUCCAAAUCAUUGGACAAUGAAAUCAAUUUUACUAAUGAAAGGACCAGUGUUUAAACAAAAUUAUCAAAUUGAUGGAACAGCAAACAAUCUGGACUUAUAUCCACUGAUGUGUUAUAUUUUGGGUGUAAUACCAGCACCAAAUAAUGGUACCAUACAACAUAUGUUGGAAGUACUGAAAAUACCAAUUACAACAAAUUCAUUAUCAACCAAACAAAUUGAAUUCCUAACAAUAAUUGUAUGUGGUGGACCGCUAGUAACAUUUGUAAUUUUUGUAAUCAUGAUAAGCCGACAACAAAGGCACCGUAUAUUAAGAAACAGGCUGUGCACUGGUCAAUUUGGCCUUUGGCUAUCUGGUAUGAAUGAUAUAUGUCGUCGUCGAAUUAGCACAAUUGUGCAUUUUCUAAUUGGCGAUGAAAUUUGGACAUUAUAUCAUUUUGUUAUUUUCUCAUUUACAUUUAUAAGUUAUGCAUUAGUGCAUGCCUCACGUAAAACGUUAAGCACGGUAAAACCAUCACUUAUCAUCGAAUGGACUGAUAAUAGCAGCGGUGAGCAACCAUUAUUUCCUGAUAGACAUGCAGCAGAAGGAUUCUUAGCAUUCCUUGAUGGUGCAUUCCUUGGCGCAUAUGCUUUGGGCCUUUAUGCAGGUGGUACAUUAGGUGAUCGUUAUAACCCGGCAAAAGUACUUGCUUUUGGCAUGUGGACAUCAUCAGUUACCAUAUUUUUGUUUGGAAUACUAAAAUGGUCACCGUUUCAUUCACCUGUAUAUUAUGCUGCAACGUGGAUUGCAUGUGGUUUAUUUCAGUCUGUUGCUUGGCCUACCGAAGUGUCUAUUAUGGGUAAUUGGUUUGGGCAUAAUAGUCGUGGUGCUGUAAUGGGACUUUGGUCAGCAUGUGCUUCAGUUGGAAAUAUAGUGGGCACAUUAGUUUCAUCUCAUACCGUACAGUUAGGAUACGAGUAUUCGUUUGCUGCAAAUGCAUGUUCGCUUUUUUUCGGAGGAUUUUUCAUCUUUUAUCUUUUGCCGUUACGAACGAUACACGAGUUCGAAGCAGUAGUUUCUGUUACGGAUAAUGUGGAACGACCAAAAGCAAUCAGUUUUUGGCAAGCUUGGCGUCUUCCAGGUGUUAUUGCGUACUCUCUGGCAUAUGCAUGCCUAAAGUUAGUUAAUUAUUCAUUUUUCUUCUGGUUACCAUUCUAUCUUCAUACUCAUUACGGGUGGAAAGAAUCGGUUGCUGAUGAGUUAUCAGCGUGGUACGAUAUAGGUGGUAUUAUUGCUGCAGUUGUUGCUGGUAUUGCUUCUGAUCAUUUCUCGUCACGUACUCCAAUUUUAAUAUUUAUGCUAAUUUUUUCAAUGGGAUCCCUGUUUGCUUAUGCUAAUUCACCAGACAAUAUUUUGAUGAAUUCAUUCCUAAUGGCAUUAACGGGGUUUUUUAUUGGUGGGCCAGCUAAUCUAAUAUCAUCUGCUGUUUCUGCUGAUCUUGGGAACGCUGAGCAAAUUAGAGGAUCAUCGGAAGCGCUGAGUACAGUUACAGGUAUUAUUGAUGGAACUGGUAGUGUUGGUGCAGGAAUUGGUCAACUCCUUAUUCCAGAAAUUGAAGCUAUGUUUGGUUGGACAGCUGUAUUCUAUGGUUUUAUUGUUAUGAUGUUCUCUACAGUUUUAUGUUUGGCACCACUUUUGUGGAAAGAAAUGUCCAACAGACUAAAUCCUCGUUAUGUACAUUUACAUUCGGAGGACAGUAGUGGUUCGCUGGGAUCAUAUUCCGAUAAUACCUCAGAUUCAGCUAUGAAUAGUUCACAAUUACCAAUUAGAGUCAGGCAUCGGAAUUCACCAGAUUAG